AUGCGUAAGCGUCUUCAGGAGGUGCCGGAGCCAUCGCUACCAGACAGCCCUGCCAAACGAUGUCGAAGCGAGGACGGCGAAGAUGCCUUUUGGGAUGAUGUUGGAAAGGCGGAUGAUACUUCUCGAGGCGAGCCUCUGCUCCCUGACGAUCUCUUUACGCAGAACAGUAGAGGUGACCUCCUCCUCAAGAACGCCGCCUGGUCUGGACCGCUUGGAAGAAAGACCGGACCGAUUCUGAAGAUUACUGGCGCUUCACAGUUAUCUCUGAAGGACAACCGUUUGCUCAUUGGUGGCGGCCCCGUUGUUCAGAAGGCAGUCAAAAUGUAUGCAGACAUUGUGAUCCGUGCCGAGGUGCCGACAAGAUAUAAUAGCUGCGAAAUGGUGCGACUGUUCGUGUCUGAAGACUUUGCCUCCUCUUUCUGUGAGAAAGAAGCAGAUAUUGAGCGCUCCGAAGGCGUUUUGGUCCUGACUGAGCGUGGGAUCCAGCAGACAGAACUCCAAGCGGGAGCUGCGGUCGAAGUCCGCAGCCAGAACGGUCACUGGAGAAUGGCAACCGUAUGCAAGCUUCCUGCGUCACAGUGCGCCGUCAUACGACAUAGCUCUGACCUUCACGAAGAGACUGUUCCGCUUCGUCGACUGCGUAGCGCCAGAUCCAUCUCCAUAUUUGGCAAAGCUCAACACCGCUUGGCUGCUGCACUGCGCAUUGCAGCCUCAUUCGAAGACAUGUCUGCUGGAGCACUCGCAUCUCUACGAGAAAACCCUUUUUUGCAAGGCAGGCUGGUGGGAGUCAUCUCGGAGAAGCUGGCAGUGCGACCGGACGUCAUGUGGCGACUGAACAAGAGCCCAUACCUCGCCAGGAUCAAAAGUGCGACAGGAUGCAGCAUCAUGUUCUUCAGCGGCCCAUCUGCAGAGAACGCAGCUUCCAAGAGCAAGUCGGUCCCGUACGUUCUUGUGGCUGGUACUCUGGAGGAACGUUGGAAAGGUCUCCAGAUCGUCAAAACAAUCGCGACUGGCAUGCACGAAAGGAGGCAUCCAGCGUUGCCACGUUCGUUGUUUGGAGACUCGCGAACCGUCAGAAUCCCGAAAGACAUGCUAUCAGUAGUGGUGGGCAAGAACAUGAGUGCGAUGAUGGGGACGAUGCGAUCCACAACAACCGUCAUUUUGCCUCUGAAGGAAAACAAAAACGACAAAGGCAUAGAAUUACUGGAUACGCUCAUGUUGGAAGAGGGCGCCGAAGGAAGCAGCUGUGAAAUCGCAAUCUUGGGCGAACCUCUUUGCAGAGCUAUUGCUGAACUGAAAGUACGAGCCUUGGUUGAGAAGCACCAUCCGGGAUACACUGAACAGGAGGACUCGAGCUUCUCGGAGAUGGACGCUGGUCUCGGUGUCGAGCAGCUGCUGCUCGAAACAGAGCUAGAGCAGAUGGAAGAAAGCAUGCAGAUUGGAAAACAGCUUGCUGGUGCUUCCGGCUGCUGUGUUGAGAUUGCGGCAAGCCGUGCUUUCUUCGCGGGUAACAAGAAGCACCGUGACCGAUGCAGGGAGUACCUGGCCUGGGUGAAUUCUUCUUUACACUCUCGCAUCAGUGGCCUGGGCAAGAGAAGCGACGUGAUGCUCCGACCGAAGGUGCCGUCUGCCAUUGCAGAGUUGCCUUGGCUGCAGCGGAAGCUGGCGAAGCUCGCCGUGGAUUGCAGUGCAUUGGCCUUUUUCGACAUGGAGAACGAAGAGAGAGGUAGUGACACAAGGCGUCUCAUAUUCGUUGGAUGUGCUUUGGCGGAGCGCCCCAGACUAGUGACAACACUUCGUGCAGAAGCGAAUACCUUUAUCGACAAGGCGAAGUUCUACAAGGACAAGGACUGGUCCUUGGAAGAAUGCAAUGAGGCAGAGCAAACAGAGAAGCUUGCGAGGAAAGAAGAAAGCAAGAUAUUGUUCGAGCGCAUGGCAGAGGAUAGCGGAAAAGGCGAACAAGGCAAAGGACAACGCGGCAAAGCAAAGGGAUCAGAUGGAGCAGGCAAAGGUAAGGCUUCCAAGGAAGACAAGGAGGGGCACGCGGAAGCCAGCGACAAAACGGAGCAGGAUGGAAUUGAGGGAGCACCAGAAGACCCCGGUCGACAAAAGGGCAGAGUCAAAGGCAAGGGCAAAGGCAAGGGGAGUGGCAAGGCCGACGGCAAGGGUCACAACAAAGGUAAAAUUAUCUUUGCUGCCGGGGAGCCGCCAACUAGCGACGAGACUGAGUCGCGAAUGGACACUGGUCUCAAUGCCACUCACAUCGCCGCAGAAGAUGUCGCAAUGCCAGCCAGGGUUGCUGCGGCACAACCAUGCACUCCGGCUUUCAGCAACAGCAAUUCUGGCCUGUCGACUGCGACUGGGCGAGUUGAUGCAGGUGAUGCUGUGGGUUCAGCCGCAGCCGCACGACAAUUUACUCCUGGCCCGCAGAGACCACGUGGAGUACCACCCCCUGCCAGCGCUGCUGUGGCAACUUCUGGGAGUGUGCAGGACGCUGACGCCACGGCUUUCGCUCCUGCACCCCCGAAAACACCGGCAGUGAAUGCCAGUGCAGCGAGAACUGAUUCCGUCGCACCUCCCCAAACCCCGGCACCAGGGUUGGCACACGAGGAGCCUGUAGCCCCCCCUAGAACACCAGCACCCUCAGCCCAGCAGGCAGCAUGUGUCGCCCCGCCUCGAACGCCAGCGUUGCCUCAGAGCUUUGCCCGAGACGGAUUCGUCGCCCCUCCUGCAACACCUGCUAUAAUGUCGAUUGCUCCCCCGAAAACACCAGGCCUUCCUCGAGAGUCAAUUCCUCCCCCAAGCACUCCAGCACCAGCUCCGCCACCAGGGGCGGCCAGGGCGGAGGGGAGAUCAUUGCUCGUGGAGCCAGGUGUGGCUCCGCCGAGAACACCUGCAUUGCUCUUUGGCCACGCGCGCGCCGAGAGUGUGGCUCCACCGAAAACCCCUGCAGUCCCGAGUGCACGUGUGGAGCCCGUAGCGUUGCCAAAAACGCCAGCAUUGCCAACUUCUUCUGUGGCUCUUCCAAAGACUCCAGCUGUCCCGGGAGCCCGUGUGAAUCCGGUUUCUGUGGCACCACCGAAAACACCGGCGGUUGCUGCAGCGAUGGUUCCGGGACCGCAGACUCCAGGCCCCUGUCGAGCUGCAGCUUCCCCGUUGACGCAGGCGCCAGCACCACAACUGCCGCACACCCCGACCAGUCCUGCCUUGGCUGCAGAUAGUCCAAUGUUGCGCUCAGCUGCUGGUUUCGCCAAGCCGACGCCGAAGACAUCGCUGGCACCACCGCCCUCG